AUGGUCAAAAUUUAAUUCGCUUCAAUUGAUGAAAAAGAAGGGCUAAAUGGAUUUCUAAAGCUUUUCAAUUAAACUAUUAAAUCAUGGAGCUGCGAUGAAAAUUUCUUAAACUAAAACUUUCUUAGGAAAAAUGAUGGAGAAUUUUAACAUUUUAAGGUAAUCAUAUUUACUAGAAUGUAGGGUCUCUUUAAUUAAUUAGAAACAAAACUAAUAAUCAUAAUUAAGAAACAGAAAAAGAAAUGA